AAAAGAAUAGAUGAAUGAAUGAAUGGUGCGAUGAAGAUGGAGAAACCAAAUGCUUCACGGUAAGCUAAGGUAGGGUAGACUCGUCGUCGUCGUGUUCAUACGGCCAAUUCGAGUGCUUUCUCCGUGGUUGCUCUGCCUUGUACGCAAUCUCUCCUUAAUUUCUUUCUUCCCUUCCUCCUGGAUCACUUUCAAUUCAACUAACUAACUGGUUAUGGCAUUCCUUCUCUCUAAUCCAAUUCCUGCUACUACUGCAUCUUCCAUUUCAUUGCCCUCACUUUCCUUCUCUCGGAUCACUUCACUGUCCGUUCACCCCCAUUCACGCAGCAGCAGCAGAAGAAGAAGAACCACCAUCCUCCCUCCUCCUAAGGUAUCUGCUCCUCCUACUCCCCUUUCUUCCUCUGAGAAAGCUGAAGAAGAAGUGAUAUCCAACGAAUUGGAAGAACACCAAGAGGGUUUUUCUGGAAAGUUCUCAUGGAGAGACCACUGGUAUCCUGUUUCCCUCGUUGAAGACCUCGAUCCUCGACUUCCCACUUCUUUUCAGCUCCUUAAUCGGGACCUUGUCCUCUGGUUCGAUCGCUCUAACUCCGAAUGGGUCGCCUUUGAUGACAAAUGUCCCCAUCGUCUAGCACCCCUCUCGGAAGGAAGGAUAGAUGAAAAUGGGCACUUACAAUGCUCUUACCAUGGCUGGUCAUUCAAUGGAAGCGGAUCGUGUACCUUAAUUCCUCAGGCAGCUUUGGAGGGACCAGAAUCACGAGCUAUUAAAUCUCCUAGAGCUUGUUCAACCAGAUUCCCUACCAUGGUUUCUCAGGGUUUGCUCUUCGUUUGGCCAGAUGAGAAUGGUUGGGAAAGAUCUCGAUCAACCAAACCUCCCAUGUUGCCUGAUGAUUUUAAUAAGGCUGAGUUCUCAACUGUCAACAUUCAGCGCGACUUGUUCUAUGGCUAUGAUACUCUCAUGGAGAAUGUAUCUGAUCCUUCCCAUAUUAAUUUUGCUCAUCACAAGGUAACCGGGAGGAGGGAUAGAGCCAAACCUUUGCCUUUUAAGAUGGAAUCAUCCGACUUCUGGGGGUUUGCUGGGUCCAAUAAUGACAAUCCCAAGAUCAGCGCUGAAUUUAUUGCACCUUGUUACUACAUCAACAAAAUAGAGAUUGACACGAAGCUUCCUUUUAUUGGCGAUCAGAAAUGGGUAAUAUGGAUUUGUUCGUUUAAUGUUCCAAUGGCACCUGGAAAGACACGUUCAAUAGUUUGUAGUGCCCGAAACUUCUUCCAAUUCUCAAUGCCUGGUCCUGCAUGGUGGCAGGUUGUUCCUAGAUGGCACGAGCAUUGGACAUCAAAUAAAGUGUACGACGGUGACAUGAUUGUCCUUCAAGGUCAAGAAAAGAUAUUUCUUUCAAAAUCAAAGGAAUUUACAGAUGUCAACAAAGAAUACACAAAAAUCACUUUUACACCUACACAAGCCGAUCGUUUGGUAUUGGCAUUUAGAAACUGGCUGAGACGUCAUGGUAAUGGCCAACCCGAAUGGUUUGGUUCUCCCGAUCAACAGGCAUUGCCAUCUACAUAUCUAUCCAAACGCCAGAUGUUGGACCGAUAUGAGCAACACACUCUCAAGUGUUCGUCGUGCAAGAAUGCUUAUACAUUGUUCCAAACUUUACGAAAGUUUCUUAUCGGGGCAGUUGUCAUAUUUUCUGCAACAGUUGGGGUUCCUACGGAUGUACAGUUACGGAUUGUUUUGGCUGGACUUGCAAUUGUAAGCGGCGGUUUGGCCUAUGGUCUUUAUGAACUCGAGAAGAAUUUUGUGUUUGUUGAUUAUGUUCAUGCCGAAAUUGACUAAGAAUCGAUGACCUUCUUCGGGUCUUGUUUGUAUAACACCAUAAAGAAAUUUAAGUUUUAAAAAAAAUGGUAGAUUGUGUGUA